AUGGUGAAGAGGGCAGAUGAUGUCAGCAUACAAGAAAACGAAACCCAAUCAAGUAGAAAUUCGUCAAGACAAACCUCCCCAAGGAUUACCCGCGAGCAAGAAAGAUUCCAGGGCCUGCUGAGAGAAUUAUCUACGCCUGCCAAGGGUGAGCAAGCUGAAGUCGAUGACAAUGAUGAUGUAGGUACUUCUGUCUUCCAGAGCUUAGCCAAAUUGUAUCAAAAAGCGAUUCGCGCCGGAUUGCGUGUUGCAAAGGCAAAUCAGGAAGAAAUUUUGUGCUGGCAUCGAUAUGCAGAGGGAUGUGAAAAAAGAGUAAAUGAUAUUAGGGCGAAUAAUGUUUAA